GGACUCGGAUGGGGGAAGGGCCGCAGCGGCCGCGUCUCAAUCCGAGCAGCUCGGGGUUUUUUCUCUCUCUCUCCUCUCCUCUAUGGGCGCAAACCCGGAGGAAGCAGUGAGCAAAAAAACAGCAGGAGCGCAGAAAGAGAGAGAGAGAGAGAAGCGAGGGAGAAACCGACGCGGCUUGAGCUCCGGCCCUGAGAACGCCUCGCUGCAGAGACAUGUUGUAAUUCCUGGGGAAAGACCGACACCGAGACAGAGAGAGAAAUAAGGGAAAAGAGAGAGAGAGAGAGAGAGAGAGAGAGUCGAUGUGCGGCGGCUCCGGAGAUGUGCAGCAGGACUGAGAUUGCGCCGAGACUCCGCCGCGUCUGUCCGCCGUCCCUGCGCUGCUUUCUUCACGCCAUACUUCUGUGCAUUCUGCUUCUUUGAAAUGUAACACCGCUCGGCCUACAUUCAGCACCACUGUUACUUUUUAUCCGUUUCCGACUACAAGAGAAAGAAAAAACAACAACAAGAAGAAGAGGAAGAACAACAGAUCCUGGUUUAGAAAGAAAACUUCCCCAGGAGGUGUCCCAUUCAGGAGGAGGUGCAGGAGCCUCUAAAUUGUUCUGAAAGGGGAAAGGGAGAACAAACAGGGGAAGUGGCCAUGGCUACAGCUCCCUCCUUCUUCUCCAACGGACCUGGGCCGUGGACGCUGAGCGACACGGAGAUGAACAACGUGUACCGAGACCUGGAGCUCGGCACCGUGCUCACGCUCUUCUACUCCAAGAAAUCUCAGAGGCCUGAGAGGAGGACGUUUCAGGUGAAGCUGGAGACCAGACAGAUCAUCUGGACCAGAGGCACCGACAAGAUCGAGGGGGAAAUUGAUAUUCGAGAGAUUAAGGAGAUCCGGACGGGACAGAAGUCUCGGGAUUUCGAGCGUUAUGUGGAGGACUCGGCCGUCAGACCUGACCAGGCACACUGCUUCGUCAUUCUCUAUGGCACCGAGUUCCGGCUCAAAUCCCUCAGUCUGGCAGCCACGUCAGACGAGGAGAUGUCCAUGUGGGUGAAGGGUCUAAACUGGCUUGUGGCCGACACUCUGCGCUCCCCUACACCUCUACAGAUAGAACGGUGGUUAAGGAAGCAGUUUUAUGCUGUCGAUCGCAGCAAAGAAGACAAAAUUUCCUGUAAGGAUCUUAAAAACAUGCUGAGCCAAGUCAACUACCGAGUCCCUAACAUGAAGUUUCUACGAGAGAAGCUUCCGGACGGAGAUCUGAGGAGUGGCGACGUCUCGUAUAGCCAGUUUGCGCAGCUGUACCGUAGCCUAAUGUUCGAUGCACAGAAAUCUAUGGAUAUUCCCUUCCUUCAAAGCUUUAUGGAGAGACCGGAGCAGAGGAUCACCCUGGAGGAUUUCCAGCACUUUCUGCUGGAGUAUCAGAAGGAGCUCUGGGCUACAGACAAUAACAAGGUUCAGGAGUUUAUGUUUCAUUACCUGAAGGAUCCACUGAGGGAGAUCGAGCAGCCUUACUUUUAUCAGGAUGAGUUCCUCACGUACCUGUUCUCCAAGGAGAACUCCAUCUGGGAUUCCACACUGGACCACGUGCGUCCUGAGGACAUGAACAAUCCUCUGUCGCACUACUGGAUUUCCUCCUCACAUAAUACCUACCUGACGGGAGACCAGUUUUCCAGCGAGUCAUCUCUGGAGGCGUACGCCCGCUGCCUGAGGAUGGGCUGCAGAUGCAUCGAGUUGGACUGCUGGGACGGUCCUGAUGGGAUGCCGGUCAUCUAUCACGGUCACACACUCACCACCAAGAUCAAGUUCUGUGACGUUCUCACUACCAUCAAAGAGCACGCGUUCGUCACGUCCGAAUUUCCCAUAAUCCUCUCCAUCGAGGACCACUGCAGCAUUGUACAGCAGAGGAACAUGGCCAUGUUCUUUAAGAAGGCCUUCGGUGAGAUGCUCCUGACUAAAGCAGUGGACAUUUCUGCAGACGGACUUCCAUCACCCAAUCAGCUCAAGAGGAAGAUUCUGAUUAAGCACAAGAAGUUAGCAGAAGGAAGUGCAUAUGAAGAGGUUUCCACGUCCACUCCAUACUCAGAGAAUGACAUCAGCAACUCCAUCAAGAAUGGUAUCUUGUUCCUGGAGGACCCCAUCAACCACGAGUGGUACCCACACUUUUUCGUCCUGACAAGCAGUAAGAUCUACUACUCGGAGGAAACCACCAGUAACCAAGGCAACGAGGAUGAGGAGGAACACCGUGAGGUUGGGAAUGGCAUGGAUCAGCAUGUGAGCGAGAAGUGGUUCCACGGGAAACUGGGCGCGGGUCGAGAUGGCCGCCAGAUCGCAGAGCGUCUCCUAUCGGAGUACUGCCUGGAGACCGGCGCUCCGGACGGAUCCUUCCUGGUGCGGGAGAGCGAGACGUUUGUUGGAGACUACACAUUAUCUUUCUGGCGUUCAGGUCGUGUUCAGCACUGUAGGAUUCACUCUCGCCAGGAAGCCGGCAGCCCCAAAUUCUACCUGACGGACAACCUGGUGUUCGACACACUCUUCGCCCUCAUCACACACUAUCAGCAGGUGGCGCUGCGGUGCAAUGAGUUUGAGAUGAAGCUGACAGAGCCUGUGCCUCAGACCAACGCCCACGAGAGCAAAGAGUGGUAUCACGCGUGUCUGACCCGGAGCCAGGCGGAGAACAUGCUGAUGCGGGUACCACGUGACGGAGCCUUCCUCGUGAGGAAAAGGACGGAGAUAAAUUCCUAUGCCAUCUCCUUUCGAGCUGAGGGGAAGAUUAAACACUGUCGGGUGCAGCAGGAGGGACAGACGGUUGUUCUCGGUACUUCAGAGUUUGACAGUUUAGUGGAUUUGAUCAGUUACUAUGAGAAACACCCGCUGUACCGCAAGAUGAAGCUGCGUUACCCCAUCAACGAGGAGACACUGGAGAAGAUCGGCACUGCUGAACCGGACUAUGGUUCUCUAUAUGAAGGACGGAACCCAGGGUUCUAUGUGGAAGCCAAUCAAAUGCCUACAUUUAAGUGCACUGUGAGAGCAAUGUUCGAGUAUAAGGCUCAGCGUGACGACGAGCUCUCCUUCAGUAAAAAUGCCAUCAUUCAGAAUGUAGACAAACAGGAAGGAGGCUGGUGGAAAGGUGACUAUGGUGGAAAGAAGCAGCUGUGGUUUCCAGCUAAUUAUGUUGAAGAGAUCAGCCACACAGCACUGGAACCAGACAGAGGCGCUGCAGAGAACAGCCCACUGGGAGAUCUCCUGAGAGGAAGUGUGGACGUGUCUUCCUGUCAGAUCGUGGUGAGGCCUGAUGGGAAAGGCAGUCGGCCCCACGUGUUCUCUUUACUCCCCAUGGGUUCUCCACGUUCAGGCACUGUGCUGGACGUUGCUGCUAGCUCUCAGGAGGAGCUAAAGGACUGGGUGCAGAAAAUCCGUGAGGUCACCAUGACAUCAGAGGCCAAGCUGGAAGAAGGGAAGAUGAUGGAGAGGAGGAAGAAGAUCGCACUGGAGCUCUCAGACCUGGUGGUGUACUGCCGUCCAGUUCCGUUCGACGAGGACAAAAUCGGGACAGAGAGAGCGUGUUUCAGGGACAUGUCCUCGUUCCCGGAGACCAAAGCUGAGAAAUAUGUGAACCGGGUCAAAGGGAAGAAGUUCCUGCAGUACAAUCGGCUCCAGCUGUCGCGGAUCUACCCUCGCGGUCAGCGCCUGGACUCCUCCAACUACGACCCAUUACCCAUGUGGCUUUGCGGCAGCCAGCUGGUUGCGCUCAACUUUCAGACCGCAGAUAAGCCCAUGCAGUUGAACCAGGCUCUGUUCAUGCUGAAUGGGAAGAGUGGUUACGUCCUGCAGCCGUCCAUCAUGAGAGACGACAACUUUGACCCUUUUGACAGACACACUCUGAGAAGCGUCGAGCUCGUUACACUGGUCAUAGAGGUGUUGGGUGCACGACACUUACCUAAGCAUGGGCGGGGCAUCGUGUGUCCACUGAUUGAGAUUGAGGUUUGCGGAGCCGAAUACGACUGCACCAAGCAGAAGACUGACUCUGAGGCGGAUAACGGCCUGAACCCCACAUGGCCCCGCAAGCCGUUCCGCUUCACCGUCUAUAACCCCACCUUCACCUUCCUGCGCUUCGUGGUCUACGAGAUCGACAUGUUCAAUGACCAGAACUUUCUCGCUCAGGCCACCUUCCCCAUCAACUGCCUCAAAACCGGCUACAGGGCAGUGCCGCUAAAGAACAGCUAUAACGAGGAUCUGGAGUUGGCAUCGCUGCUCGUCCAUUUGGAUAUCAGUAGAGGCAGACACGAGAACGGAGAGAUGAGUCCGUUCCUCGGAGCGAUGGGUGUGAUGACGGCAGGGAGGGAGCGUUUAGGGGAGAGUGUUUCGUCCUUGUCCUCCAUGUCCUCCAUGUCUCCUCUUCCCUCGUCCCCGGCUCAGGCUCUGGGGUAUCAGGGACGUGAGGGAUCCUUUGAGUCUCGAUACCAGUCACCGCUGGACGACUUCAGAGUGUCACAGGAAGCGCUACUGGACCACAUGGACCCACAGAACAGGUCCAGAUUGAUGCGAAGAGCCAGAGUCGGUGGAGACAAUCGUGUGUAGCCUCUCCACCCUACACACACACACACACACACACACACACACACACACACACACAGCCACCCAGGGUCCAGCUCAAGUGCUGAUGAUGUCAUGGACUGCUGUGAAACCUGUUUCUAUGGAAACGUUGUCGCCAGCGCUUUUGGCCUACAUUUCAGGCAGAACUCCCACCCUUCUUUCUCUCUCUCUCUCUCUCUCUCUCUCUCUCUGUCUUUCUCUGUCUGUCUCACUCUGUCUGUCUCUCUCUCCCUCUAUCCGGAGACCGUGUGAGAGGAAGACGCACGGUGGGAGGGACGCAUCGGGGUCAUGCGGCGUAACGAGACACCGACUGAGCGACGUGUGCAUGCGCGGGAUGUUCAGUAGCAUGAAAGACUGAAGAAACGUCAACACCUGGGACGGGAUCGUGAUUAAAAACUACUUUCAUUUAUUUUAUUUUUUUUCCCUUUUCGUUUUUCUCUCUCUCUCUCUGGCAUAUAGAAAUAUCUAGGUCUAUAUAUAUAAAUAUAUAAAUAUAUUCUAUUUAUUCCGGCUCUGCUGUGUACCGGAGAACAGCUGCAGCUGAUCUGCUCUCAAAGAGCUUCUCUCCCCAUGUUUGUAUUAUUUAAACGCAAAUUUUUAACUUCCAUAAUGUGAUUUAUUUUCUUCUUCUUCUUUUUUUCUUAAUUCAUGUACGUGUCUAACACAAGGGCUUGGCUUUUUUCUUUUCCUCCUUCAUGUUCUCUUCCUCCUGCAGAAUGAAGCGUCCACGUUUCCCCCAGCACACCAUCGUCGUGAUGUUUUUCUUUCUUCCUUUCUCUUUUUUUCCUCCAGUCGAGCGGAAAUCCAGGCAGCCGUAAAACAGAGUGCUCAGGAAGAAGAAGAAGAAGAAGAAGAAGAAGAAG